AAGGAAACAGCCUAAAGCAAAGGGACCCAAAACUCAAAACCUGUUAGUGCAAGUCAGCAUCAAACACUUACCUCAGCCUUAUUCAAAUUUGGUCUGCCAAAUCAUAGUUGAAGUUGAACAAACGGCCACCCACUGGAAACCAAAAUAACCUAAACCAGAAGGAAUCUUAAAUUGUUUGGCCUUCAAGAAUUUCCUUUUCCUACUGAGGUGAUUUUCAUCCUAUCAAAAACAAAACAAAGCUCAACAAAACUACUUUUCUUCCAGGGCUCAGUUCCCCGAUAUCCAGGGGAAGCAAAGAAAAACCCACCUUAAUUCUCAUCACUUAUCCAUGCUUCAGGUUUUCCUUUGAGGAUGGUUCAAAGAAAGGUGCCCAACAAGCUUGGUAUCCAAGCUGAUCAUAUUAAAUCAGAAAAGCGGUUGGGAAGCCUCAAACCAUCAUCUUGUCAGCACCAGGAUGGCAAGAACAAAGGAACAGACUUGAAGAAAAAAAUGAAAAAGUCAAGAUCAAUUAAGCUCUCAGAUAUUGAGGGCUUAAGAUCAUCAUCACCUUUGAGGAAAACCGUUGCACAACCUGGAAAACCACCUCCUCUCCAUGUUCCACCUGCUGCAGCAACCCUACCCAAGAAGUCUAUGAUCAAAGCCAUCGGUGCAUCACCAAACUACAUGAAGUCCACCAGCAGUUCAAAAGCAAAAAAGGAGAGCCCUCAGGUUAGUUCCCGGAAUACUCAAACUAGUUCAGAUAGCAAGAAUCUAGGUAGAAGAAGUUCAACUGGUUCAACAAUUAGCUCUGGUUCUUGUAAUAAACCUUCUAGAACUCUAACAAGGACAUCUAGUUUGAAGCUGGUGAGGACUUUAACAAAAUCUCCUACUUUCAAGCCGGCUAGAGCUUCGGUCAAAAAAUGUCCCAGGGUUGCUUUAUGUACUGAUAUAAAUGUACAGAGAGCUACCUGUUCUUCGACUCUAAAGGAUUCAAAGUUUCCCGCUUAUCUUAUGCUUAAUCCUGGGGGAACUGAGUCUGAAGGAACUUCAAUUAUCAAGGUCUGCCCAUAUACUUACUGUUCCCUUAAUGGUCAUCAACACACUCCUUUGCCUCCACUGAAAUGUUUCUUAAAAGCAAGGAGACGUUCACUGAAAAACCGGAGAAACAUGAAGAUGGAAGUUUUGAGCCCGCGUAGACAAAAGCCCUCUGGUGAUGGAACCGAGGAAUUCGAUGAAGAGCUGGUGGUUUUUGGUAACGAGCCUGCAAGCAAUGGAGUGAAUUUGGGUAACUCUCCUAUAUCUCCUUUGGUGCAAGGAGGGCCCACGGAUUUUUUCAUUGAAAUCUAUGCAAAAAGCAAAGGAAAUGACGUUGAAGCAACCAGAGGAAGCACACAAAUGAACACCGAGGGAGUGGAUGGUUCUGGAUGUGGCAAUGAAACAGCGCCAGAGCAUGACAACGACAAGCCAGUUUCAGAGAGUUUAUCUGAAGGUUCACCACACUCUAAGAUUGAUUUUGACGAACAUCUUGAACAUAUCGGUGAAAUUAUUUCCAAAGUAGAUAUCACAGAGGCCCUUCUUGAAGAGCUGAAACAUAGCGACGUGGAUGAAGAGUUUAGAGGAAUUUUGGUUAAAGAAGAAUCACCAGCGUGGAACUUUAAUGAUGGUGAUAAGCAGGAAGGCGUUUCAAGCGAUGAUGUGGAUCACACUAUUUUUGAGGUUAUUGAUAUGGAGUGGGAGGAGUGGCCAUUUUCUGCUUCAGAGCCUGGCGAUGAAGCCCAUUCCUCAAUGGACUCUGAUGAUGAAUGUGAUUUGAACAUUGGGGAUUCGUCAGAAAGUCAUACGAGUAAUUUGCGUGAAGAAUUUGUGGUCGGUUCAGGUGAAGGUGACAGCAACAUCAGUGAGGAAAUUCUGGCAGAUGGAGAAGAAGUCUUUGAAGAAGAUGCUGCAUGCAUUGAUUCAUGUAGCCAAGUAUCUGAAACCUUAUGUUACGACCAAGCUUCCUCCGCUGAAGAGAUGUUCGAGGUAUUGGUAGCCAUGGAAGAAGAAGAGAAAGAAGAAGAAGAAGAAGAAGAUGCUGAAAUAGAUUUCAAAGGCAUCGAUGCAUCUCCCUCUUCAACAGAGGAGUUAUAUGAGGAGCCAACAUCAUUAUUUAAAGAGAAAAUGCUGGAGAAUGGAGUUCCUGGAACAGUUAAUGAGGUUUCUGAAGCAGAUUCUCCGCUAGAAGUUCCUGAAGAUAGCUGCACCAUUGAUUUGAAAGAUGAAGCUUUUGAAGCAACAGAGCAAUUUCAGCUUCACUUAUUUGAUAAGUUGGAGCUGGAUGAAAUAAAUGAAGAUUACAAUGUAAUCCAGAAGCCAGAGGAUUCUGAAGCAGAUCAGACAGUCACCAUCGGUGAUUUCUGUCCACAGAAGGAAGUUCCAUGUGGUGAAGCUGGAGACAAAAUGGAAGCUGGGAAAGUAGCUGAUGCCGAAUUGUUGAUUGGAAUCCAAAUCUCUGAUUCAUCUCAUGUUUUAUCUGGGCUUGAUGAAGAUGGUAUCGAGGUAGAAGACAACCGAAACAACAAACUUUGUGAAGUUAACAACACUAUUGAUGAAAGUUUUUCAAUUCAAGAUAUUGUUAAUGAAAGCCUUCUUUCCGAGAGUCAAGAUCACCUGUCAGAUGGCAAACAUAAGAACACAGAUGUUGUAGACAACCAGAGAACCCUAGAGGAAGAUCACGAUGAAGCUAAGUUAAAAUUCCCUACUUCCAUGGACUCGGAGGAGCAGAACAGUUCAAGGAUGCAUAAAACAAGUUUAGAUGAGGGCAUCAAAGAAGUUGGGAAAAUGGAAUUGGUGGAUGGUGCUAGUACUGGGUUGGAUGUCGCAGAAACAUUUCCUGCAGCAAGUGAUAAAACUAGCCACAAGCCAAGAAGCAAGUUCUCCUUCACUAGAAGCAAUGCUAAGGAAGAACUGAGUGACAACCAUAACAACAGAAAAUGGACAAUUGGACGCAACAGACAUGAAGAGAACUAUGCGGAACCAAAGAAAUUCAACCCACGAGAACCAAACUUUCUGCCUGUUGUUCCAGAGCCAGAUGCAGAAAAGGUUGAUCUCAGGCAUCAGAUGAUGGAUGAAAGGAAAAAUGCAGAGGAAUGGAUGCUUGAUCAUGCACUCCAACAAGCUGUCACCAAACUUGCUGCAGCUAGAAAGAGGAAGGUGGCAUUACUUGUUGAAGCCUUUGAAACAGUCCUGCCGAUAACUAAAUGUGAAACCCAUUUGAGGAAUACUUCAACAAGCUUUGCCCAUGGACAGCCCAUUCAAGCUUGUAACUAGGGUUUUUUAUUGAGGAUAUCAGAAGGAAAUAGCUUUUGGCAAAUUAUAACUGCAAUCAGUCUAAGGAGUAGCAAGCAUCAUCACCAUAGCAAGAGAAGGCCAAAAAU